AUGACAAAAAGAAUUUCACUGUGGGACAAGCUCUCGGCUCUUGGUCAUCUAAAAGAUCCCUGGAUUGUUUUUGGGGAUUUUAAUGCUAUGUUUAGCUAUGGAGAUAGAAGUGGAGGUCGUCAGUGGCUAGAUGUUUUUCCAAAAAUAGUUGUUAUGAAUAAAUGGGAUGCUAUCUCAGAUCAUAGCUAUUGUAUAAUAAAACAUGUGGAGGCUGGGAACUUAGGGACCAUUCCCUUCAGAUUUUGUAAUUACUGGAUGAACAGAGAAGGGUAUAAAGAGGCUGUUCUUUGCUGCUGGAAUAAUCAGACUAGUAGCAAGGGUCUCAAAGGUAUUGUUCAAAAGUUGUUGAGAACCAAGCAUGUGCUGAAGAGAUUUCACAGAGACAAUCAGGGAGACAUAAUUGGCACUUACAAAGCGGCUAAAGAGGAAUUCAACACUGCUAAAGGGAAUGUGGCAGCAAACCCGAGUAACCAAAGUCUUCAAGUUGUUGAGAAAAGCACUCAACAAGUGUAUAUUUCAGCCAAAAAGGAUUAUACUAGCUAUAUGCAGCAACAUGCAAAGUUAAAUUGGAUGAAAUUUGGCGAUGAGAAUUCAAGCUUCUUUCAUGCCUCUUUGAAAAAAAGAAGACAAGAAAAUAGGAUAUUAUCCUACUGCAGCAACGAAGAAGUAAUAGAAGACUACCCGAAGGUUAUUGAGCACUUCCUAAACCAUUUUAAAAAUUUUAUGGGGAAAGGGAGUUCAGCUACCAGAAGAUUAGAUCAGACAAUUCUUGCUCGGGGUAAGAUCCUUGACAUCUAG